GCAGCUCAAAUGGUGUUGCUAUAAAAGCAAUUUGGACACACGCUCUGGUUAAUUAGUUUUCGAAACAGUCCGUUCCUCGCACCACCACCAAAAAAAAUGUCCGCCACCCUUCGCCUUCUCUGCCUGAUGGCCUGCUGCGUCGCCCUGGCCGUGGCCAAUCGUCCGCACUACGGCGGAUCCGGAUCCGGAUACGGCGCCAGCUACGGCGAUGUGGUCAAGGCCGCCGAGACCGCCGAGGCGCAGGCUUCCGCCCUGACCAACGCCGCCGGAGCAGCUGCCUCCGCCGCCAAGCUGGACGGUGCUGACUGGUAUGCCCUCAACCGUUACGGAUGGGAGCAGGGUCGUCCUCUUCUGGCCAAGCCCUACGGUCCUCUGGACAAGCUCUACGCUGCUGCCCUGCCACCACGCUCCUUCGUGGCUGAGAUCGAUCCAGUCUUCAAGAAGAGCCAUUACGGCGGAUCUUAUGGCGAGAAGGCGAUUCUGGAUACCCAAUCCAAACUGGGUGUUGUGGCCAUCUAAGAGCUUGGACUGUGUAGCUCCCAAAGUGUUAAUAAAUAGUGAUAGCUUAAAGCAAUA